CAUGGCUGAUUGUAUUUCAACGAAGUUAUGAAGGUUAGAUUUUCUAUGACGAUAAGAAAUGAGCUCAACUCACCGCCGGUCGUGGAUGGUCGUGGAAUGAAUGAGAUUUAUAGUCAACCAGUAAAAUUUGUACCACCUGUGCCUAGGUGUCGAAGACCUAUAAGACUGGAAGGUGCAAAAGAAAGUCUUAACAAUAAUUUUCAAAAUUUACAAAUGGAAAAAAAAGCAUCUAAACAAAAAACUACAUCAAAUCAAUCUGAAAAAUGUAUAGAUCCGAGCAGUAGUUAUGAUACACAAGUGUCAGAAAAUUCUACUGAGGAAGACGAAGAGACACAUUCUCCAAAUACUUCUUCACAUCAUUUCCAAAAUUAUUCUGUAACUAGUUCUCCAGAAAAAAGUAAUAAUAAAAAAUCAUUAGAAACUAAGCAGAAUAAAAACAGCUAUUGUUCAAACAUAAUUUGUAUUACUCUCGUAAUAAUAGUUUUUGCAAGUUUAUUUCAAAAUUUUCAAAGUAAUGAAGUACAAACACAGUCCAUAAGUCCUACCUUGUUAGCUAAAUCGAUUGAAGAUAUCAAGACAAUAUUUUACAAUCAAGAAUCGGAUAUUUGGAAUGAUAUUUCAUCAGCGAUAAACGAAGUGAUAUCAAAAACUCCCAAGACACCUUCGAUCAUUCUGUUAUUUGCAAAGGAAACGAUAACAAUGAAUUGUUUAGCUAUUAAACUGGCACAAGCGAGCAGUGCAAUUUUAAGCACUGCACACAAGCCUUUGGAAUUUAAUCCAAAAGAUUUUGGAAACGAUCCUGGUGAGAUCAUUACAACAUUAAAUGAAUAUCCUCCAGAGAAGAAAAGGGUUAUGAUAAUUCGUGAUAUAUUGAAUAUUAAUGUAGAAGCAAUAAAAGCAUUGCAUAAUUUAUGUGAUAGAGUAAAUCCUUUAGUAGCAGAAGCUAUUUACAUUCUUACUAUGCAAACUAACAAUUAUCAACCAUCGCAGAAGAAAUUGAACUUUGUGGAAAAACAGAUUUUUAAUAAACUAUCAAAAAGCAUCGAUCGAGAUGUUUUAAUGGCACUCGUAACGCGAAUUACAGAUGGAGCAAUUAUAUCGGUACAACCUGAGCCACACUUAAAAUACUGCUAAUCUGAGUUGCAAGAGAAUAAGCGUAUAAAGUUAUACUAGCAUAUUAAUAAUAGUUAUGUAAAUAACAAAAUUAGAUAACUGUGUUCUGUAAAUAACGAAAUUAUUUAAUUAAAAUUAGUGAUCUGCAGUUCGUAGAAGACUCAUAAAUAAUCUAGAAGAACAGAUUUAUCAAGUUUGCACUCGUUCACGCUAAUUUUUCGCCAGCAAAAGGGUUUUUUUCAAAGAAAUCGGAGGACAUGAAACACCAUAAUUCAAGUCAAUUUGUGUUGUUCUAAGUAUCCAACUCCUGAUUAUAAAAUUUUACUGUAAUACUCGCGAUAGAUUUAAAUAUUAAUAAAAUAUUUAUAUUAUAUUAAUAAAUAAUUAUAUACGUGGGUUAUGGUUUUAUUCGCGUAAUACUAAUAUUACCAUUGCAUAUAAAAGAAAAGAAAAAAAUCCUAUUUAUUGUAAAAAACAUUCUUAAUUCCAAUUGACUUGGAGCUCUUUGUAAAUAUCAAUUUCUCUUAAAACAAAAUUUGUUUCUGGAAAUAUAAUUUUUGAAUGGUUUUGCGAAUGAAAAAUUUGUAUCUUCUCAUCUCAUCUACUAUUUUCUGUCAUUUGUAUCAUAUUAGAGUAAAGGCCUAUUUAGACAUAUCCGUAUCGUAUUCGUAUACGGAUACGUGUCCGUAUGUAUACAAACACGUAAGAACAUGCGUCUGGCACUAAUAAUCACGAUUGAUCAUGAUUGAUCACGGUAUAUUUCUUUAUCUGUACGGUACGGAUGUCUGAAUAGGCCUUUAGACUACACAAAUAAUAAGCCACAAAUCGCAAACACUGUUUAAAAAAACCGUAAAAACAAUAAAUUUCUGCAAACUUAUUACAAACUAUGAAUUGCAUAAUCUAGUGCUAAUUUUAGUAAUGUAAAAUAUGAAUUAAUGUACAAGGGGGAUGUAAUUAUUAAUCAUGUUACAUGUACUUAAUGCAACAUUUGGAGACUUUUAAGCUAUUACUAUGUAAUAUCAGUCAAAACUGUUAGAACUGAGAAAUUAGAAUAUUUUAAUAUUCUAAUUACAGAAAUAUUUUGUAUGAUUACAUCAUACAUAAUAAAGGAGCUUAUUCAGCAUAAAUAUUUUUACUAAUUCGUUUUUAUGAUAAUUUAUUUAGUAAAAAUUACUUGAUUACUGAAUUUUUUUCUUUAAUAUUAUAAUAUAAAGGCUAUAGUAUUGAGUUGAAAAUCUGAAUUUUGUCUGAAUCUGCAACAGUAUUAUUUACAUUGGCAGUUAUGACAGUUAUGAUAAAGUCUCUGGUUGCAAACUAAGGGUAUAUAAGAUUUGUAGAUCUGUUAAUUUAACUUUAUUUUGUUAUGCCAAUGUUACACGAAAUAAAUUUUAUUUUUAGCGAGUUUUUCUAAUCACAAUUUCAUAUUUCUAUUUUCGAAAAAUAUAACGAUACUGUUGUACGUAGCGAUUUCACGCAUAUUUCCGAAUGACAUAUUUAUUUAGUUUUAAAAUAAGAUACAAUAAUUAGAAUUAUUUUGUGUAUGUGUAUGAUAUUCGAUUUUGUAUUAUAAUGUGUCAGUCGGCAGUCCAUACAACGAUUGAAGUAAUGUCGAGUAUCGUAUCCUACUCAUUGCCAAUUUACAAAGCUUUUUAUAUUAUACUUUUUAUUAGUUUAAUAAUUCGGAAUAUUUAUAACAAGUAGCAAAAUAUUAAUACAAAUUACUAUUACAUAUGUAAAUAUAAAAAUAACAAAUUGUUUAACAUUUGUAUGAAUUACAUAUAAUAAACGGUACACAUGAAAUAAAAGA